AAAGAAAAACAGCUUUCUCUGUGCUGUGGCGGAUAGCCAGGGGAUUGGGAGUCAGCGGCGCGGUCGGCGCGCAGACACUGGCCGCAGAGCCCCAGCGCCUGUCACUUGCCCGCUCUUCACAGAACAUGAACGAUUGGAUGCCCAUCGCCAAGGAAUAUGACCCACUUAAAGCUGGCAGCAUCGAUGGCACAGAUGAAGACCCGCAUGACCGCGCCGUGUGGAGGGCUAUGUUGGCCCGGUAUGUGCCCAACAAGGGCGUCACUGGAGACCCGCUCCUCACCCUGUUUGUGGCCAGACUAAAUUUGCAGACCAAAGAGGACAAGUUAAAAGAAGUCUUCUCCCGCUAUGGUGACAUCCGGCGGCUGCGGCUGGUGAGGGACUUGGUGACUGGCUUCUCCAAGGGCUACGCCUUCAUCGAGUACAAGGAGGAGCGGGCGCUGCUGAAGGCCCACCGCGAUGCCGACGGCCUGGUGAUCGACCAGCACGAGAUAUUUGUGGACUAUGAGCUGGAGCGGACUCUUCGUGGCUGGAUCCCGCGGCGGCUGGGGGGUGGGCUGGGUGGGAAAAAGGAAUCUGGGCAGCUGAGAUUUGGGGGACGGGAUCGGCCUUUCCGAAAGCCUAUCAACUUGCCAGUUGUUAAGAAUGACCUCUACCGAGAUGGGAAGAGGGAGAGGCGGGAGCGAUCCCGGUCCAGGGAAAGACACUGGGACUACAGGACCAGGGACCGAGACCAUGACAGGGGUCGCGAGAAGAGGUGGCAAGAAAGAGAGACAGCCAGGGUAUGGUCUGAAAACGACUGGGACAGGGAGAGGGGCCUGCGAGAGGACAGGGGCAAGGGGAGGGAGAAGAGGGACAGAAGCAAAUAGAGGCCCCGCGCGGCUGCAGAGGACACUACUGGGGAAUUGUCUAUGUGCUGUGUUCCCAUUGGCUCAAUAAAAUAAGUGGAGGUUGGGAGGUGGGCGUGCCUGUCUGCUACCCAGCUCCACACAGGUAUUA